AUGCAGGUUGAACAGUCUACAGGAGACGCGAGCGCGGCUAUUGCUCGAAUGGAUGAGGCGACAAGUGGUCCAAAUCCUAGAAUCCCAGGGGUGGUUAGCAUCGCAGUGGCCAGAGAUGGAAAUCCAAUCCUGUCGCACGCAUCGGGUAGCCUGAAACUUGGUGGCGAAGCACGCAUGACAUUGGAUUCCGUGUUCUGGAUAGCUUCAUGUACAAAGCUCCUCACAGGCAUAGCAUGCAUGCAACUUGUGGAACUAGGGAAGCUCGCACCCGACGAUGCCGUUGAGCUUGGCCGUCUUGCUCCAGAGCUGAAGGAACUGAAAGUGUUGACGAAAGACUCCACUGGAUCGUACACCCUGGUGCCGCAAGAGCGACAAAUUACGCUCAGAAUGCUCAUGACUCAUACAUCCGGGUUCGGAUAUGCUUUUGACGACGUUAAGCUCUGCGACUGGGCAAGGCCGACCGGUAUCGACGAUUUCUCAGGACGGAGAGAAGAUGUUCUUUUGCGACCGCUAGUAUUCCAACCAGGAACGGGGUUCCAGUACGGUGUGAGCAUCGAUUGGGUUGGAGUCGUUAUAGAACGGGCCACGAAAAUGAACCUUCAGGAGUAUUUUCAAAAGUAUAUCUUUGCGCCGCUAGGUAUAAAGGAUCUGGCGUUCUACCCAACGCGAGACAUGAAGCAACGCCUUGCCUACAUGCACCAACGCGCAGUUGACGGCUCAUUGAGCGUAACCGACCAACUUGUUCGACAUGCGCUUGUCGAAUCUGUGUAUGCAACGAAUGAAAACUUCUGUAUGGGUGGUUGUGGGUGCUUCGGGACACCCAGGGAGUAUUCGAAAAUCCUGGCUAUGCUUCUCAACAACGGAACCUGCCCAAAGACCAACGCGCAGAUUUUAAAGUCAGAAACAAUACAGCAAAUGUUCACCGACCAAAUUCCACAGUAUCCGCUCCAUCACAAUGACUAUUGCCAGUCAGCAAAACUCAUGCUCGCCAAUGAUUGCCCUAUUAUCCCAAAGCCUGGAAACCCGACCAAUGGGUGGGGGCUUACAUUCAUGUUGAGCCACGAGAGAAGCGAAACUGGAAGAGCAGCUGGUUCAGCGUCUUGGGAGGGCCUGGCAAAUUUAUACUGGUUUGCCGAUCGUGUCAAUGGCAUUGCUAUGAUCUUCGCUACCCAAAUUCUUCCAUACGGAGAUCUCGAAACUGUUAAGCUUUCCCAGGAGGUUGAGAAGGAUGUGUAUGCAAGUUGUGGCUUGCUAACUGAGUAG